GAGAUCUGCGCCGCAGAGACAGAGCGUACAAGAGCUGCGAAGGGCCCCUCGUCGUGUGACAUCCGUCCCCUCCCUCCGCCAUCCUCGACCAUCCUCGCCUGAUCCUUGAUCCAAGAUGGCCAUCUUCGGCGCCGGCAAGCGGAGCUCGUCGCUCUCCAACGAGCACUCUCCCGAUCGCGUCGAUGAGAAGGGCGCCUACGACUACAACACCUCGGAGCCCAUUCCUGAGGCUGGCACUCUCAGCGACCCUCGAGAUGCGGGCCACAGCUUGCACCGUGGCCUCCAGGCCCGUCAGGUCACCAUGAUUGCCAUUGGUGGUGCCAUCGGUACUGGUCUCAUUAUCGGAACGGGAACUGCUCUCGCAAACACCGGCCCGGCAUCCAUCCUGAUCUCUUACUCGAUUAUUGGUCUCCUCGUCUACGUCGUCAUGGCCGCUCUGGGUGAAAUGGCUACUUGGCUCCCGGCUGCUGGUGGUUUCGCUGUCUACGCUGAUCGAUUCGUUGACCCUGCUCUCGGUUUCUCCCUUGGUUACACGUACUGGUUCAAAUACAUCAUCACGACACCAAAUCAGCUCACAGCCGCAGCGUUGGUGAUUCAAUACUGGGUAUCAGCAGACAGGGUGAAUCCGGGUGUAUGGAUUACCGUCUUCUUGGUCAUCAUUAUUACCAUCAACUUUCUCGGCAUCAAGUACUUUGGAGAACUCGAAUUCUGGCUGUCCUCCAUCAAAGUGGUCGUCAUUCUCGGAUUGAUUCUGUUCAGUUUGAUCAUGGCUUGCGGAGGCGCCGAUGGCGAUGUGAGGGGCUUCCGAUACUGGGACAACCCUGGUGCCUUCAAGGAGUACGUGGGCACCGGAGCCACUGGCCGCUUCACUGCCGUCUGGCAGAGUAUGGUUACUGCCGUCUUCGCAUACCUCGGAACUGAGUUGGUCGGUGUGACAGUCGGUGAGGCGCAAAACCCACGCAAGAACAUCCCACGCGCCAUCAAGCUCACCUUCUGGCGUAUCUGUGUGUUCUACAUCCUUUCGGUCCUGUUCCUCGGCAUGAUUAUUCCAUACAACAGCGAGUUCCUCCUGCAGGCCAAGGGCAGCAAGACAUCCGCCGCCGCCUCGCCUUUCGUUGCCGCCAUCAGAUCCGCAAGCAUUCCAUCACUUCCAGGUAUCCUCAACGCCUGUAUCCUCAUCUUCGUCUUCAGCGCUGCGAACUCGGAUCUCUACAUUGCCUCGAGAACGCUGCACGGUCUGGCUAUCAAGAAGCACGCACCUGAGCUUUUCGCACGCACCAACAGACGUGGUGUUCCAUACUACGCUCUGGGACUGUCAUCGCUCAUUUGCUGCAUUGCCUACAUGAACGUGUCAACAGCGUCGACGACCGUUUUCGGCUACUUCGUCAACUUGGUCUCCAUCUUCGGUCUGCUGACCUGGAUCUCUAUCCUCGUAUCGCACAUCUACUUCGUCAAGGCGAGAAGAGCACAGGGCGUCCCUGACGACAGCGCUCUGCUGCUAUACCGAUCUCCAUUCGGCCUGUGGGGCAGCUACUUCGCUCUGGCUUUCUGCUGCUUGAUUGCCCUGACCAAGAACUUCACUGUCUUCGUUCCGAGCCCAGAAACUUACGGCAGCUUUGACUACAAGAACUUCAUCACCGGCUACCUUGGUAUUCCACUCUACCUCAUCAUGAUCAUCGGCUGGAAAUACAUCAAAGGCACGAAACAGGCCAAGCCUGAAGAGGCAGAUAUUUGGACUGGCAAGGAUGUCAUUGAUGCUGAUGAGCAAGAAUGGCUCGCGAAGGAGGCUGCUGAUCGUGCCAAUGGAAAGAAUGGCAACUGGUUGUAUAACCAUUCGAUUGGUUAUAUCUUCUAGAGACGAUCCGGCAUCUAAAUGAAUCUUACGUAGCAUAUGAGGAAAAAGAA